AUGUCCAUUAUCCACACCCUUAAACCCGCUACCUUACUCUCCCCUUCCCUUUCUUCACCCCACACUUCCUCAUCAUUCCCGUUACAAUCAUCUUUCAAACCACCCUUCUGUUCCUCACUCCUUUCCCGAAGACUCUUCCUUCCAUCCGUUUCCGGCAUCUGGGACGCCUUCACUGGCGGCAAUAACAACAUCAAUGAAGCCGUUCUCGCAAUUCGACGCGGAAUGUCUCUCUUCAGACAGGGUGAUGUUUUAGGAUCUCUUGUGGAAUUCGACAGAGCAAUUCAGUUGGACCCUCGUCAAAAAGCCUAUCUUUGGCAAAGAGGCCUUUCACUUUACUACCUUGAUAGGUUUGAACAAGGGGCUGAGCAGUUUCGGUUAGACGUUGCACAAAAUCCCAAUGAUACAGAAGAGUCCAUAUGGUGCUUUCUCUGUGAAGCUCAACUAUAUGGACUCGAUGAAGCAAAGAAGCGGUAUCUUGAGGUUGGCAUAGACUCAAGGCCUGUCAUGAGGGAAACAUACAACAUGUUUAAAGAGGGUGGAGAUCCUGAAAAGCUUGUAGCUGCAUUCUCUAAUACCAGAGAAACUGAUUAUUUUUAUGCUUCACUCUAUGCCGGGCUGUUUUACGAAUCUAAGAAUGAAAGUGAUGCUGCAAAAGUUCAUAUAGUAGCUGCUUGCAAGUCUUCUUAUGGCCAAAGGUCUAAUGAUUAUAUGGCUUCUCUUUCCAAGGUUCACUGUCUUUGUCGAAAUUGGACUUUCAACUGA